AUGAAAUCUUUAGAAGGAGCCUUAUCUUGCACUUUGGGUAUUUUACAGGGGCCAAUAUUGCAAUUUACGAAAGGAACAAAUUGUCUCGUCGGCGAUUUCUUUUCUGAGUACAAAUUCUGCCGCAAAAUUACCCGAAGAAUUCCAACCGGAAUUUCUCUUGCUUCCCGCAAUCGGCAUCCAGGUGAAUUCUGCUUUAUUGCUACCUCAAUGUGCUGA